AUAAUGGGUGGGACUGGGAACAAUCUUUACUAUUUAUUUCCUAGUUUUUGCUUGGCGGUCGUUCUACUCUUCCCCAAUUACAAUAAUGACAUGGACGAUUGAUUCAUUCAAACUAUAAAAAGAAGAAUUCUCAGAGAAUUGAGUAUAUCCCAAUUAUUAUGGACAAUCUUACAAGAGGCAGUGUGAAAUCACUUGUAACGAUCAGAAAUCUGAUUGACGCCUCCAUUGAGAAUGAAAGGAAGCCGCAGCCGAAUGCUCUCAGAGCCGGAUGCUUCAAAUGGAAGAAAAAUGACAGAAAUUUCAACACAGAUCGGAAAGAGGAAUGCACAAGCAUUUUGCACCAUAAAGAUUGCAGCGAAGAAGAGGAUUCCGACGAAUUUUCAGAUGCUCUGUCACACGCAGAGGCUUGCAGUCUGGCAAUGGUGAGUGAUCUAAAUAGUAGUGAGGAGGACGGAUCUGACGGAAAAGAAGAACAAGAAUCUUCUCGGAAUUUCAUGAUGGAGCGAUUUCUUCCUGCAGCUUCGGCUAUGGCUUCCAAAUCGCCUCACCAAACCAGGGUACCGACACCUGUCAGGGAUUCAGGGCAAAAAGGACCUGCGCCUCCUCAGUCUCGGCCACGCCUUACCAGAACGGCUUCUGAUGAAAGCAUUCAAUUUAAGGUAGCUUGUGGAGGAAUUUUCUCAUCGAGGUUAAAGAAUGCCUUUGCAUUUGCUCCUUCUCUGGCAUUUCUGUCACCGAGAAAGGGAGGGAAGAAGGAAAGAUCCUUUUAUAGUCCGCAGAAGAAGCGGUUCUCUGGUAAACCAGUGGUUUGUAAAGAUGAAGAUGAUGAAACUUCCAGCGGAACUGAUGAAGAGAGGGCUGUAAUAGUGGCCACAAGGAGAAAAGCGUGGGAAGCGAGAUACAGGCAACAGAAAUUGCUGAUGAAAUGCAGCCCUCUUACAGGUGGCAACUCCUCAGAUUUCACUACAAUAUUUCAAUCAAAUUCCCCAUUUACAAAGCCAUCUCCCACAGUAAUUUCGCCAUUCAGGAACGAAGCCAGCGCAUCUCCAUUCAGUCGGGAAGAAAAGGGUUUUCUGGGCUUUCCUGCAGACCGAAGACAAAAAAAAUCUACUCAGACGAAUGAAAUCGAACAGGAACAAUUCUAUUCCGGCCAUACCUCACCACGCAAAUCUUCCGAUUCAUCGCCGAUCAACUCAAAAUCUUUUUACAUAUACUCUGAUGGAAUCAAGAGCUCCCCUGAAUCGAAGUCCCCUGUUAAUGAUAAAACCAAAAUUGAAGAAUACCCUGUGAGUGUGCUUCCGCCUCCAUUGCCCAAAUCUCCUUCUGAAUCAUGGCUUUGCAGGGCAAUUCCUCGCCUUACUGGUAAUUCCUCAACUGUGACAAUGAAGACAGAGCGGCAGGACUUUGAUGAUGCAAAAUGGGAAAUUUGAUGAAUUUUAUCCGAUCAGUAUAAGAAAAACCCUAAUUGCUCAUAUUAGGGUUUACUUGCUUGCUGUACAAGUACAAUCCAAGUAAAGUAGCCAACACAGACGCAUUACUUUUGCUUUAGCUUUCACACCUGUACCCCAAGGAAGUAAAUUUGCUUUGUAAGAAUCUGUAAUAGUAAAAGCUGAAAUUAUUUUUUAUGAUCUGUAAGGAAUUACCUAUGAUUGAAUUGCU